ACCCGGUCCGUGACAGAGGUGCGCAGCGCCUUGGGACCCCUGGCGAGGAGAGGCUGCGACUGGCUGGCGCGGGCCGGGCCCAGGGCCCAGGGGCUGGCGGGAGAGACUCCCGCAUAUCCACUGGAGGCAUACUGCGCCAGCCACUCCGCAGCCAGCUUUCCAGAUUCCCGCGACCCUCUCUCGACUGUGCUGUGCAGGGGUGUGACUCUUCUCCAGCUAAGGAACUUUUCUCUGGUGGGAAGGACAGAAGUUCCUGAUGACCCCUGCUGUGUGGGCUGGUUGGCAUAGCUGGUAAUCAGGUCUGCCUAUGAAUAGGCUGUAGGGCUUUUUGAUCCUAGAAGCAAGGAAGGAGGAGAAAGUCGCACCAGAUCAGUACAGGUCCAUCUCCAGUGGUGGCUGUAGUGGCCUUGGAGUGGCAGAUCAUCACCUUCAGCAGAUCUGCCAUCAGGAACUAUUAUUUUCCCUCGGGCUGAUUGCCUCUGUCUUCUCUCUGUAUUGUUGACAGAGGCUCUGUGUUUGGAAAGAGGACUGUGUGUCUUCUGAGCUCACCACUAACUCUUGCUACAAAGUUUAUGUCUGACCCAGUGGAAGAGUGUUAAGACUUUGACCGGGACACAUUCAGAACCAAGGCCAAGGUUAUAGUGCUAUCUAUAUAACUGGACUUUAACCAUGACUGGGGCUAAGAAUGAGAAUAGAAACAAAGGCAAAGCUCAAAAACAGGCUAGUGUGCAAGUCAAAGCAAAGAGGGAGACUACUGGUAUAAUCAGACAUGUAGCUAAGACCCAGGACAAAGCAAUUGCCAAGGCAGGAUCUCAAGCUGAUGCAACAGCAGCAAUGAAUGCAAAGUCUAAGAACAGAAGUGUUCCUGAGAUAAAGGAAAGAGCCCUGGCAGAUUUUAGUCCCAAAGCUGAAGAUGAGGUCACCAGAGUAUCUGGGAUUUGUUCUGUGUCUGAGGCUAACGCUGAGUCUGGGUCCACAUGUAAAGACAAGGCUGGUAUUGAUACCUGGUUUUGGUCUGGGGAAGAGGCCAAUAUUGGUUCCUGGUUUUGGAGUGAAGAGGCCAAUAAUUGUUCCACUGCUAAGGAUGAAGGUAAAGCUGGUAUUUAUCCUCCGUCCUGUGCUGAAAAGUUGGAACCUGUUGCUGGGGCCAUUUGCAAAGCUGGGCCAGAGGCUGAGGAGGAAGAGGAAGAAAAUGUUAUUGGGAACUGGUUUUGGGAUGGAGAUGAAACUAGUUUUGACCCUAUUCCUAGACCUGUGAGCAGAAUAGUUAGGCCCCAGCCUGUGGACGAAAUUAAUGAGAAAAAUAGGCCCAAGGACUGGUCUGAGGUAACUAUCUGGCCCAAAGCCCCUGCUGUAACUCCAGCAGUGUUAGGAUUUAGAUCCCAAGUUCCAUUUGAGACAAAGCCUCCUUCAUUUAUUGUCCUGGCCUCAGCUGAGGAAAAUACCCACUCUUUACCUGUGGCAACAACAUGCCCUUCUAGGAGCACUACUUCAUGCUCACAGCCUGUCCCUGAGUACCCGUUUGGUUCUGACCCUUGCAUCCAGACCAUAGAGGAGAUUAGACACCAAAUUAGGAUCAGGGAAGUGAAUGGGAUUAAGCCAUUUGCUUGCCCUUGCAAAAUGGAAUGCUCUAUGGAUUCUGAGGAAUUUGAAAAACUUGUUUCCUUACUUAAGUCAACUACUGAUCCUCUCAUUCAUAAAAUAGCUCAAAUUGCAAUGGGGAUCAUUAAUGUUCAUCCCUUUACCCAGGAGUUUAUUAAUGAGGUGGGUGUAGUGACUCUUAUUGAAAGCUUGCUCAGUUUUCCUUCCUCUGAAAUCAGAAAAAAGGCCAUAAUUACUCUGAAUCCUUCUUCUGGAGGUGAGAGACAACGCAAGGUUGAAUUACACAUUAAGUAUAUGUGUAAAGAAACCAUGUCUUUCCCCUUGGAUUCACCUGGACAGCAAUCUGGAUUAAAGAUACUAGGGCAACUGACCACUGAUUCUGACCAUCACCACAUUGUUGCUAAUUACUUUUCAGAACUUUUCCACUUGCUAUCCCUGGGAAAUCGUAAAACCAGAAAUCUUGUUUUAAAAGUACUUUUGAAUAUGUCUGAAAAUCCAGCUGCAGCCAGAGACAUGAUCAAUACAAAGACAUUAGCAGCAUUAAAACUCAUCUUUAACCAGAAGGAGGCAAAAGCCAAUCUUGUUAGUGCUGUGGCCAUAUUUAUUAACAUAAAGGAGCAUAUCAGAAAGGGCUCAAUUAUAGUUGUUGAUCACAUGAGUUAUAAUACACUGAUGGCCAUUUUCCAUGAAGUUAAAGUAAUUAUUGAAACAAUGUAAAAUGAGCCAGAAAUAAAAGUGAACGCUUUGAACAAUCUUCAGACUCUAAAAGGCUGUCCCUAUAGACCCUUGCAUAAUGUUUUGAUUAUUAGUGUGUACAUAAUAAAUUACAUUUUUAAGAUGA